GCUCCUGAAAGAGAAAUAAUCCCUUUGAUCUUUAAAUUGUUAUUUUUAUUGAAAUGAAUCGCUUCUGUGUUUAAGUUUAGCAUACAUUCCAUAAAGUAUGGACAGUUCGUCGAUUACAACGCCUGACAAACAUGGUUCAGAAACAUCCCAGUCAUUGGAAAGCUCCAUACAGAAGCAGGACACAGGAAACAGUAUUCAUGUACCCUGUGAGCGAGCUAAAAGACGACGUGAGCAUAAUGACAAUGAGAAAAAACGCAAGGAGCAGAUCAAGGCCUGCAUCACCAGAAUGGGCGAGCUCCUUCCCCCCUCUACUUCGGAGAGACUUAGCACAUUGGAAAUUGUGGAGAAAUCGCUGACUUACAUGCGUGAACUGAAGGAAGCAAGAACCAAGUUUGCUUUGGUAGAAGAAAGCUUGAUGGAGGAGCUGAACACUGUAAACAUUGAACGAGACAAGUACCUAGACAUCAUCAAGGCCGCCGGUUUAUCAACAGAAUCUCUUCCUACAAAUGGUGUAAGCUCAACAACUGACGUUCGAGUGGACAGCCCUAGGCCUAAAUCCAAAAUGAAGAAAAACUCCAUCAGCUCACAGCUUCAACAGAUGCAGGAAAAGCGAGAGAAAGAUAAACAGCAACAGGAAAUGAUUUCCUCGUCAGUUACGGGUUCCGAGGAUGGUAGUGCUAAUCAUGGUGGCCAGUUCAUGAACAUGCCCUCGGGGGCUUCCUUCAUGAGUGGGCCCAUGUUUAAUCCUAUGAUGAUGCAGGCUGGGAACCAGUUCAUGAUGCCAGGAAUGAUGGGAAAUGGGAACCAGAUGGUGCCAGGUAUGCCGGGGAUGAUGGCAGGAACCGGCAUGCCCACAUUGCAGCAGAACGGGAGUGUGGCAAAUCACACUCCUAAUGACAAUAUGGGAGCACAAGGGGAGGGGAAUGUGAACAAUUUAAAUCGUUCAACAGAUGAGAGUGAUGCUGGUCUUCUGCAGCUUGCAAUGCAGGAUGCUGGCAUCACCCCAAGUAGUGCGGCCAGUCAGACAUCGUCUGCAGCUCUCACCCCCUCCAUAGCAGAGUCACAUGAAUCACAUGAAUCUUCACACAUAUCACAGAACAAUCCCUUACAGACAUUAGCUACUGUGGCUACGAGUAACCACGAAAUGUUGACAGAAAGUAGUGCAUCUGACGCUCAAAACUACCCCAUUGGCUCAGCCUCGGCCAGUAAUCAGCAAGUCUCCAUGACAAGUUCCAUGACAAGCUCUCAGGCUGGUAUGGCCAAUAUGUUAUCCACUGGUGGCCAGCCAAUGAUGAAUAUGGCUGGAGUAGGCCCUGGCCAACAACAAAUGCAGCAGAUUAUGUUUAUAAAUGAACAAGGAAUUCCGUGCAUAGCACAAGUCCCUGUUGGCAUUGACCCUAAUAAUCCAAAUAUGAUUCAAAGUGCACAGAAGCAAGGGUUGAUGUCCGUUCAGAAUCAGCAAGCAAUAAUCAAAGAUCAGUCAGGAAAUAUCGAUCAAAAUCAAGCGUUAGCUCUUGCUCAACAACAGGCAAUGUUGCAAAACCAGUUUCUAGGCCAAGGUGGAGGCGGAAACUUCCAAAAUCUUCUACAACAGCAGCAGCAGCAGCAACAAGGGUUGCUUCAGGGGAACAUCAUUCAGACCCCUAAUGGCCCUAUUCUGCAGCAGAUAGGGCCUCAAAUGCAGGGCCAGCUCCAAGGUCAAGGUCAUAUCAUUGGAAUGAACAGUCAAGGUCAGAGCAUCAUGGUUGCCGGGCAACAGGGUCAGAUGACCUUGAAUGUUCCAGGUCAGCACAGCCAGCUGCCCUCGGCCCUCAUCUUGCCCAAUGGGCAGAUUGUUCCUGUGGUUACCAAUCCCGGAAAUGUCCCAGGUCAAGGUCACACCCCAAGAAUAUCAGGACCGCAUAUUCACACAGGUGGGGAAGGUCAGCUGUUAUCGGGGCCAGGAAGUCAAAAUCUGUUGAUGGCGGCUACGUCCAGCACAGCGGCCUCCCUCAGUACAAGUGUGAUACCCACCUCCGCAAUGAACAGUGUCAUGUGCACACAAAUACAGGGAUCCACAAUGCAGAGCCAGAAGAUGGUGAAUGCUUCCAUGUCCGGCUCCCAGGCUAGCUUCUCCACUAGUACCCAGCCCAAACUGACUGGUGUGCAGACGCCACCAAACAUGAUGGGUCUUCAGGCAGGAAACAAAACAUCGGCCACCCCAAUAUUGAUCAGUCUGCCCAUCAAUGGCCAGCUGACCACUGUGGUGCUGGAUCCUGUUACCAUGCAGGUGCUGGGAACCGUUAACCCAGGUCAGCCUGCAGGACAAAAUCCUGUUCAGUCGAUGGGAACCAGUACGGGUCAGAUAACAUCAAAUCCCAUUACAAGUGCACCAGUACCCACACCCGCUCAGAGCGUGCCUACGACGUCAGCAGGAGGGAAAAAGAACAGCAAAAAUAACCAGAAUCAACGCGCCAUCUGCCCGAAGCCCCUGGGAGCAGAUGGGCUACCUAGGGUGUCAGGCGGACCUUCUAAAAAGAAAAAGUCCUCAAAAAGUUCAACAAAAGGGAAGGAAUCCAUUCAGCCUGAUUCUUUGUCGGACUCUUUGCAAAUCCAAAUACCUGAAUCGACCACCGACCCCGAAACAGUUUCAGCAAUAUCAUCAGAAUCAACUGACAUUCUUGCUAAAGCAGCUGAAUCAAUAUUCUCCUCACCAAGUGGGGAAGGUACAACAGUUGGUGGCUUUUUUAAUGAUGCAAAUGAUGACAAUCCUCUGCACAUUGACACCAGUGUUACAGAGGUGGAGGAUGAGAACAAGUCACCUUCAAAACAGCUUAAGAAGACUGGACAAACCUCCAGUACAGGGGGUGGCCUGAAGGAAGCUGUGCUGGGUUUAAACUCUGUGGCAGAUGGAGGUAAAGCAAUUAAAGUUUCUACAACUGUCACAAAGGUUGUGAAUUCUGUGUCGCCUGUUGUGAGUACUCCAAGUGUUGUUAAUACUGACAGUGUGACUUCUCUAUCAAAUACUCUCGAGGAAAUAGCAGGUGGGCUUGACUUUGGUGAUAUCACAGACAAUGUGGCACAAGUGUCCAAUAAAAGUGGCUCAGUUUUUCCAAGCAAUGAGAAACAAAAGAAAAGCAAAAGUUCUAAGAACAGUGAAGGUAAAAAAGACAUGGGCCCUAAACCAAGUAAAUCUUCGAAAAGUAAAGCUAACACUUCAAAGAAACAGUCUAAUGUUGUAAACAGUAAAGGGAAAGUUCCGGAAGUGGAGAAAAUGGACUCUGAUUCUCAAAUGGACAUUGAAAGUACUUUAAUACAUAUCCCUGACAAUAUCGAGUUCAGUCCGAAUGAUCUGUCUGACGUUCUGGAUCAGGUUGAACAAAUGGGCAGCACUGAUAUGGACAGUCCUAGCUCUAAGGUAGGCAAGAAGUCGAAAAGUAAAAGGAGUAAAGCUCCUGACAGUGAGAGCGAACCGAGUGCAAAGAAACGCAAGAGCAGUAAAGAGCCUGUGAAAGAAAGUAAAGUUAAUAAUUCACGGGAGUUGCUAAGUAUGCCUGCAAAUCUGUCUGUGUAUGACUUUGAUGAUUCAGAUUCUAUUGUGCCUUCUCUGUUGCCACUUAGUGGUAAGGAUUUCAGUUCCAGCUUGCCUGGGACGCCCGCAAAGCCAGACUGCUUGUUGACAGGUGGGAAUGAAAAGUCAGAGGACAAGAACAAAUCUAGUGCUCAAAAUAAACAAAAGACGAACUCGCAAACUCAGAAAGCUGCAGUUACCAAGAAUGUAAAAACUAGUUGCUCCAAAGAAAACAAUGUGUCCUUGGUUUUUAAUAGCUCUGAUAAUGCAGAGAACAAAUUGACGAUUAGAGACAAUAGUAAAACAGCUGAAACAAAAUCUGACACAAGUGAUGUCAACAAUAAAAUAUCUGAAUCUUUGCCAAUUAUGCCAGAUAUUGACACAACUACGAGCCUGUUUGGGUUCCCAGUUCCAUCGAAAAAGCUUCCUCGUCCAGAAACUCAGACUACAAAUCGACAAACGUCAUCAAAGCCAGCACCCCAGCAAUCGAACAAACCCAGCCCACAACCGAACAACAACUCCAUGGUGUCGCCGAAACAGGCGCUUGUGUCGCCGAAGAGCAAUGCUUCUACGACUGUAUCUCCAGCACCCCUUGGCUCGUUUUCUACCGAACUUGUGUCACCGAAAUUGAGCAUUGUGUCGCCCAGCCAGGGUAUCAUGUCGGAUAAUGAGAGCAUUACUUCUCCGAAACAUAACUUUAUGAAAGACACGUCUCCAAUGAAGAAGCCCUCACCUCCAGAUAAGUUUGAUGACAUCAAAGUGAGCUCUUUUAGUGCCUUGAAUAAUGUUCCAGUGUUGGAUGUGAAUACAAAGGUAGCAUCAGGAGGAUCUGGUAUUGAUGAGAAGAAUAAGCAGCCUAGUGUUACUUGUUCACCUGUUAAGGGGUCUGGUGAAAAUACCUCUUCAAAAUCCAUGACAACAUCGAAUAAUGACAUUACCAAGCCGACUGAGAACCCUGCUAAAAUUGAUGACAGUAGCAAUAUGAAUAAGGGUAAUCUGUCUGAUAAUUUGAAAGUUCCAAUUGACCAAUCAAAUACAUCUAAUAUGAACUCAAAUGCAAAUAGUAAUAGUAAUAACAGCCGAAAAUCUCAUCAAAGCAAUAGGAACCCUAACACAGGAAUGGAUGGUCCAUUUACUCCUCAAAUGACCUUGGGGUCAUCUCUAAGGAAUCAAUCAAGUUCUUCGAUGAAUUCUUCACAGAACAACAGGUACGGUCCCACCUUUGGUUCAGAUCCUGGGUAUGGGGCAAUGUCAGCCUUGAGCCAUGGUAUGCCUAAUGACAAUGUGUCAAAGUCUGGGCCGGGAAUGGGCAACUAUCCUGUACCUUACUCAGCAGACUCACUAUUCAAUACACAGGCAGAGAAAGUGAUAAAAUCUCCUCCAAAUGUGAACAUCUCAACCUUGAACCAGCCGAAGCCUGACAAUCCUAUGUCCAAGGUGAGAAACAAUGCCUACUCUGUGGACAGUUUUGUUCAAAACAGUAGAGAUGACGGUAUGCGACAUCGGCCGGACUCGCUGGCCACACAUGCGGGAAUGCUGCCAGGCAGUGACUUUCCGAACCAGGGAGGUGACCUGCCUCGUAUUCCUACGGAGAGCUCGCCAGACUUUCCCAACAUAAGCCUUAACCUGCCUCCCAUCACAAGCACAGCUGGGAACUUUAUGGAUAAUACUUCUAGUGGCCCUUCAACAAACAACCUCAACUCUUUCUCAUUCUCUCUGUCAACAACUUCCACUACGGUUUCCACAGCAACAGGCAGCAUGGCGCAGCACCAGUUUCCAUUCUUCCCACCGGUCCUGUCAUCUGCCUCCAACCCACCUGCCUCACAGAGUGGCCUCCCCUCUUCGAUGCCUGGUAUGCAUAUGUUCGAUCACAACAGGGGGGCCUCCGACCAGAUGCCCCGGGGAAACAAUGUGAUGCAUCCUCCAGCAGGGGAUAUGGGCCGAGACAGCAUGUCACGCUCAGACAAGAGCCAGGCUGUCAUGUCAGAUGAAGGGGUACGUCACUCUGCCGCUGGUAAACCCUCCUGCAGUAAGCAGAAAAUGCAAAAGGCAUCAGGUCCGGCAACCAUCCAGGAUCCUUACCCAUUGCCAUACAAUAUCACAAGUUCCACACAUGACAAUAACUUCUUCAGGGACCCCCAAAUGAAGUCAAAUAUUGGAAAGAGCCCUACUGAACAGAUGCGGAAGUCUCAAGACAAGCCUAUGGAUAUGGGAGGACCACCAUCCCGAUCCAGCAGUCAAGACAAGCGGGGUAGCACGAUGGAAAGGUCUCCACAAAUGCACAACAAUCCACAGUCUUACUAUUCAUCUAGUUACCAGCCACCGAAGUCUUUAAACACUGCACCAUUGCACCAUCCACCUGGCAUGAUGCCACAAGAUGAGAGGGGACGAAAUAUGACGAGAUCUCCAUAUGAAACCCCGUUUGCUCUCCCACAAGCUUCACAGUUUAACCCCAUGGUUCCUGGCUUCCCUCCUGCCAACAGGUUUGACAGUGGCCCACCCAGCUUUAGCAGGGACAAUUCUGGCACCCAGCCACUAAGCCACACUCCAGUAAAUGCAGGGGGACGGAAGUCUGCCAACCCCCAGGCCCCACAGGCCAGUGUGGUGAAGCCGCCCCAGAAGCAGGCGGCCCCUCCGCUUGUUCCCAUGAAUGGAGGUGGUUCUCAACCACCACGCCCUACCCCGCCUCAGUCACACCGAUCAACCACUCCCAUCGCCAAUGCCCCCUCUCAGCCCAACCCCCAGGUUAGCCAGACCAGACAGGCAAAGCAGCCUUCAAGAAGCUCCAAGCAUCCAUCAUCCUCCUCUUCUAAAAAGUCCAAAGCUCUUCCUUUUAUGGAGGUUGAUAGCAAUUUAUCGAACUCCAUUUUUGAGACCAACCGAAGUAUGACACCUAUGGCACCAUUUUUCCAAUCUAUGCAGAACCUUUCUCCACAGUCAAGAGCUAUGCAGCACGAAGGACCACACUUCCAGCCAGGAAACUUCUUUGGUCUUGGCCCAAGGUUUCCUAAUUCAAACACUCCUGUGCCAAAAAAUACAGAAAUAGGCCCUCCAUUCGGCAACCCAUUCAUGCCGACACGGGGAUCCCAGAAUGCUCCACUGGGUCUGAACUUCCAGCCUGGAUUCGGAAUGAACCCACUCCAUGGUAACCACAGCAAUGCUCCCCAGCUGACCCCACACACGGCCCCACACAUGGGGAACUUUAACUUGAACAACAUUUUCUCCGACGGAGCAUCUCAGAACGAGCCAUCACUGCCGAUAUCGCCAAUAAAGUUUGGCCACACAAACUACCAGGGAAUGGAACACAAUGCAAUGCAGCACCAUCAUCAGUACAACCGAGGUCACCCAGGGGUCAUGUCUUUGAACAGCAUCCUUGGAUCGAACCACCAUGGGUUUGAUGGGAGAAUGCCGACAUCAAUGGCGGGUCCCUUCCACAGUCAUGGUCAUCCAUCCUUCAUCCCACCGCUAAACUUCUCCAUGCAUGACCACUAGAUAUAAACCUUGACCUUGCCUCAUUAAAAGAUAUACAAGUUUAUAAUCCAUGUGUUACUUAUAACCUGGUAAAGCAUUUAGUGACAUCAUCAAUAUUUUCAGUAGUUAGUUUUCAAUUAUUAUUUUUUGGGAAAUUAUAAACUGAUCAUUGUUAAUUUAGCACUGUUAAAAUGGUUUGAAAACAGUUAAAGCUUUUUUGUCAAGAGCCCUAGGAGCCAAUUCUUACCUGGGGAGAUUUUAAACAAAGAUUAUACUGUUGAAAAUCUUUCCUCCAAACUAAAUUAAAAAUUGCUUCAUAGGCUUCUUAAACGAACGGCCUGAUAUCAUUAUGUGUUUUUUAUUUAAUUGAAAUGGACAUGUAUUCAUUUUCUUUAACAAAUGCUUUGAACAAAUGGCUUUACUUUGUUGAAUCUAAUUGUUUUGUAGAUAUAAAUAUGCUUGUUACAAAUGGAUUGAUUGUGUGUCCCCAAUCUUUAACUUCCUGUCUUUCAUACAUUCACCAGUGUCUUCAUACGGACUAUUUAUACUUUAUUUAGUCCAUUACCUCUGGGGCUGUAUUCAAUAUUGUUCUUAUUCUUAUCCUUAGACACGCCUCAGUGAUUCCAUUUAAUCGAUUGGCUAGUUAUUUUUACUGUCCAUUCAAAAUACUUGAAUUCUUUGGCUAUAUUACUUAAGCAGUUAGCCUGAAAGGGGUCUUAAGCAAAGUUGUAUGCAUGGGGAAGUUACAAGAAAGUCCUUUUUAAGUUCCCUGUAGCGAGAUUAUGCUGCCCCGCAGAAACAUGUCAUAACAUGUCUCCAUCUAAAAUAUACUGUUAAAACAGUGAGGACAUUUUGGAGCUCUGUUUUUAAUUGGUUAACUAAUUCUAUUAUGACAUGUAACAUAUUGAAAAUUUUGCGGUUGCUUAGGUAAUUAGGCCUCUUCUGUUCUCUCAAAUAGUGCUCUGCCAACGCAACUCGUUCCAAUUCUUAGAUUUCCGCGAUCAGAAUGCAAACCCUGUCGUACUGUCUUUCAAUGUUUUCAAUUUCAUGGCCCUUUUUUUAUCAUUGUGUAAUAUAAUUAUAUAUAUAAACAAACUAAUAGUCUACAUAGUGAAUUAGUAAUAAGUACCGGUACAUGUACUUCGAAUUGAAAGAGUUCAUCAAUACUGGUAAUGUUCUAAUGUAAUGCAAUGUUUGUAUAGUUCACAUGAACAAUGUUUGUCUUGGUUUUCAUAUAGUGCUAAAUUAGAACUUACAGACUUAUCAUGAAUUGUAUAUGAUUAUAAUAUUAUGUGUGUUUUCUUCAUUGACUAUGAUUGUGUAAUUAUGUGCCAUGCGUUUGGACAUUCCUUAUAAUUGUGUUUAUUACAUAUAUCCUUUGCUAAAAUAACUAUCAUUUUAUGUACAUCAUAAAAUAUAUAUAUGCUUAAUAGCUUUACAAAUGAAAUAUUAACUGUUGUGUAGAUUCACACACGAUAACAUGGAUUGUAUAAUACUAAUAUAUUUUAACAGUAUUUUACUUGUAUGAUACAUGUAUUUUCUCUCAAAAUUUCUACAAUAUGAAUAAUACUGGAUUGUUGGUAGGUUUUUGAUACUGUACAGGUUGUUAUUGAAUGAAUGUAAUGUAAAUAAGAUUUAAAGCUCAUCUGUUUUUGCGAAGAAAAAAAAUCGGGAUAUUGUAAUGGUCUUAGUGUCGUCUGCAGCAGGGUGGUCGUUGUGCAAAAACUGUAACUUAGGGCUUGAAUCAAUUGUCAUUUAAGAUAUUCAACUUAAACUUGGUACGCAGGUCACCUGAGACAAUACGCAUCAUUUGGAACAGCUUUGCCAUUUUUCAUGAAAAAUGACCUUGCAUGCAUGCUGGUACAUCAGUAGAAGUAGUUUGUAAAAUUCUUAAUAAAAUAAUUAUUUAAAUAAUUAUUAGGGGAUCUACUUGUAGCAUAGUUAAAUGUAAAGAUUUCUGACAUUGUAAACUGUCCAUAUACAUCUGGGUUUGUUUUCAAUGGAAAAUGGCCCAGGUGUUCUGAAUGAAUACGCAUGUGUUCAGUGAUGCCCACAACUCUAGCAUUAAUAUAUUUUGAGUUAUCCCCCUUUUUCAAAUGACCCUCCCACAAAGACAACAGAUGAGCGUUGGCUUUCUCUCUGCAGCUCCCUUGUUUUGUACUCUCUAUGUGUCUGUCUGUAUAUAACAUGGACAAACGUUUUAUGGUGCUAACAUGACAUUGAAUGAUAUUGGUUUGUAAAUGUUUGAUGUCUUACUAUUGUUGUAUAAGUUUCAAUAUUAGCAAAAAUAAUACAGUAAUUGUUUGAAAUUCUCUGCCUUAGAAAGGCAUGAUUAAUACUUUUUUGCUUUUAUUACGACUUGAUGAAGAUGUAAUGAUUUCAUGCUGUGACAUUUAUUUAAUUAAUGUCAUUAAGGUUAUUUUAUUAAAUUGUUGUAAGUGUAAUAUGAUUUACCUGAAAUAGGCUUUAUAACAUACGCUGAGAGACUUUUUAAAAAACGCUGAGGUAUACUUUAAUAAUUAUUUUGAUAAAUGAAAAAUAUUCUGGGUAACAUGAUAACUUUGGCGUUGUUGAAGGUGGCUGUGCCAUCAUUGUGCAAAAACUGUAACACUGCAUGAAUCAAAUACCAUUUAAGAUAUUCAACUGAAACUUGGUACAAGGGUAUGCUCAUGUUUUAAAGCUGCACUCUCACAGAUUCAAACAAAGUAAAAAAAAACUUUUUUAACUUUUUGAAUUGGAAUGAGCCAUUUUUUUUGUGUAGAUGUAUGAAACUAGUGAUAUAAGACUGCUGACAAACAGCAGAUAGAAGUUUUCAUAAAAUUUGAAUGUUCAAAAAUUGAUGUUUGAUAGCCAAAAGCGUUUCUUAUGCUGUAAGAAAAAUUAACAAUUGAGAUCUGUUCUAUUUCUGAGUUACCUCCUAUGACUGAAUUGAAGGCAUUGAAAAAUCAGCUUAAUCAAAUGUUUUUCUUUUUAAGUUUGAAACUGUCAAUCUCUGAGAGUGCAACUUUUAUAUAUUUGAGUCAAGCCCCUUUGAGUUAUUAAGCUAAGUAAAUUCCUUGUGAAUUAAGUUUUAUCGUAGCAAAUUCCUUAUUAAUUUAGUUUCAUUGCAGAAACUGAAAAAUUUAACUUACAAGGAAUUUAAUGGGCUGAACAUUUUAAAAAAUAAUUUCGAAGUACAUGUUUUGCAAUUUUAAAGACACACUGCCCAAUCUUGAACGAUAACAUCAGUUUUUUUUAAAGAUUUUAUAUACCUUUAUAGGUUGUAAAAAUUAAAAUGUAGAUAGUUGUCUAUAAGCAUAUUUCUAUCGCUCUAUCACAUAUGAAGGACAUGAUAUGCUACCUCUUAGCUUAUAUUUGCUUUAUACAUAAUAACUUACUAAUGUACCAUAAGGCCAGAGUGUGAAAACAUUCUGUUUCUGAACCCCCCAACCUCUCCUUAUUUUAUUUGUUAAAAAAAUGUGUGAAAUGAUAAAAAUUGGGAAAAGCAUUGCCAUAGGUUGAGUGCACGAAAUCUUUUUUUAUUUAAAAAAUAAAGCCCCUACCCACCCAAUUUAUUUUUUUCAAAAAAUAGCACAGGAAUCUAAAUUUCUUUUGGCCAACUGAUUUCCAUGGUUACUGUAAAUUCUUACUUCUUAUCUAUUUCUUGCUUAUUUAUAACUUUUGCGCUUUCUUUAUCUUUUUUUACGAAAAUGUAAAUACUUGUCAGAAUAAUCUUUCUAACAACUAUAAUUAUUACUUUAUUUUAUAUUUUCAGAAUAACACAUAUCAUUAUUGUAUAGAAAAAGUAGUUCAAGUGCCCUGUGUUAAACUUUGUGGCAGUUAAGUUUUGAUUGAUUUGCAUAUGAUAGUAUUUAAAUACCUUGAAAAUCGGUAAUAUAAAGGAUUUUUCUGAAGUCAGGCAUAUCUGUGUUUACAAUUAGGGUAAACUGUAUCAGAUCUGUAUCGUGUUUAUUUUUUUUUUAUUAAUUUGUUAAAUGCUGUGUUCAAUCAUUAAAAUUAGGCUUUUGAUUCAACAAACACAAAUUAUUGCAUUAUUAUUUGGCUGAAGUAACAUGCCUGGCCAGAAUUCAGAUUUCUAGCCAGCCCGACAUUUUAACUGUGUACUGCUUGCAGGCUUCUGCUAAUGAUUUUGACAUCUGCAUAUUUGCACGAAAUUUGCAAGUAGGGUUUCAAGCUGCACUCCCACAGAUUGACCUUUUUGACAACCUUUUAUUUCUUGGAAGGAGUAAAUUUUUGCGUAGAUGUCUGGAAACAGUGAUAUAAGGCUGCUUAUCACAGAUUUUCAUAUUAAUGUUCAAAAAUUUAUGUUUUAUGGCUAAAAGCGUUAUUAAUAACGCUUACAGAAAAAACACUUUUUCGGCAGUUUUCCAAAUAAUUGAGAUCUGAUCUUUUGUGUGUUAUCUGAUAUGACUGAAUUGAAGGCAUUAAUGCCAAAAUCAGCUUUAUCUGAGUCAACGACUAAAAAGCAAAGAAAAGUAAGGGUCUCCCUCACAGAAAUUAUAUCAGCAACAAUUAGUUUAGUCUUUGUUGAAAUUGAGCUAAAUUAAUUUACUUUUAUGAACAAAAAACAAAACUACAAUUAGCACAUGCUCAUUUAAACAGACUCUUGUAAAUCUGAGCUUAAAGUAAUCAAAUUUUAAGUGUGCUACUAAUGCUUUUGGCUUAAUCAGGCAUUUUCAUGCACAUUUUGAAUAAAAAUAUUAACAAUAGAGCUCUAAUUGGACUAAUAAAUGAUUUUAUAUCAUUGAAACAAGCAUUUACUCAUGUUUCACACAAUUCUUUUUUGAUGUCUGAACCUUUAAAAUAGAUAUUUUUCAAUGCCAAUGUCAUGCGAGAACAUUUUUGCCAGAACUGAAGAGUGCCAUUUUUUUGAUACCUUGAGAAAUAUCACUAUGAUGUACUGAAAAAAAUGUUUGCUUCUGGUUUCUGGACAAAGCAUAAUUUAUUCCACCAGAACAGAUUGUAUUUAUUGCCAUAAAACCCUUUUUUUCUGUUAAUUUUUCCUUUUGGGUACAUUUGGUAUUUUCUAGUUUAAAAAGAUGUGUCAAUGAGAGCUGUUUUUAAUGUUAAUUGGGGGUUGUAAAGGUCAGGAUUUAUCCUGAUACCAGGAUUUAGAGCUUUAAACUUAAGACAAUUGUACAGGUUUAAAGAUUUAUUUCUUUUACUUUUCUAUCAGAAACAGAAGGGAGUACCUUGAAAUGCAUAUUUGGCUAAUUUGUUGGUCAGAAUUUGCUUAUAAAUAUUCAAGCUUUAUGAAGUUUCGCUAGCCGAUUUGACCCGGGUAUUAUUUUUGUUAUGAAUUCGCUGGGGUGCCAAGGACGACUUUAUCUAAAAUGACAUUUCAGCAAAUUCUGGCUUACUUACCCAAUUCUUUGGAGAUGGUGACACCAGUGUCAAACAUUUAUCUUUAUACCCUAAAAUGCAUUUACAACCUUACUUAAUUCAUUGUUGAUCAAAUUGUAGGCAAUUUAUGCAAUUUGAAAAGAAUCUCAUUAAUAAAUUUUAUCCUUUAUGGCAAUUUUUUUUUUUUUGUCAAUUGUUUAAUUAUCUUUAAAAUACGAUGUUGUCUUUGGUUCAUGUUAUUCAUUGAAUGAAAGAAAAUCAUCAGACAUAUUCAAUGUGAAUGAAUUUAACAAAAUGUUUGCUUAUUUAUUGUUAAAUGUGGAGCAUUACAUUUAAUCAUAAAAAUGUUUUAUUUUGUCAUUUCCCAUUUUCGAGACUCGAGAAAUUGUGCACAGUAUUUUGAUAAUAUUAAGAAUAAUUUAAAGGCAGCUAAGUUCAUUUAAAAUAAAAAAGUAAAAAAAAAGAAGAUACUUCUGGGAUUGAAAUGUAUGCAGUAUCACAAAAGUACAAAAUUACUAUUUGAAAUAUACAGCAAGUUAAUAAAUGUUGUUGUUUUUUUCCAAUUUCUGGGUUAUAUCGAAAGGAUCUAUUUUUAGAUGUAUUUGGAACUAAUGCAAACAGUUAAUGUAGUAUUUCAAUUUUAAAAUAAGAACUAAGUAUUUCAAUUGGAGUUCAACUUUUCAAAAUGUGUUUCAUUUUUGUUGCUUUAUUUUGCAAUUUUCUUUGAACUUAAGCACUGAUUAUGUAAUGAAAAUGAAUGAUUAGUACAAGAUGUUGUCACUAAUUUGUAUUUAAUUAGGUUUAUACAUGUAAAAGCAUCCAUCUGUGCUUGGCUGCCUUUAAUGUUCAUUUGUCCUGUUUUAUUUAGGCAUAUUAGUAUCUUGAGUUCUCUAUUACCUAAAACAGUGGGUGUAUUUCUCAGUUUUUGCUCAUUAUCAACAAUAAUUAAACACUCAUUCAUGCAAUGCAAUCUUUCAAAAUACCAUGCACAUGUUAAAAUUUGUUUUUGAUUGUGUUUUUACCUCUCCCCUAUAUUGCUGUGAAAACAGCCUGGAUUGUUACCCAGUUGUUUAAUAUCAAGUUACAAAAAAUGACAUUUUACAUUUUAUGCUGGAUACUUAUUUUUUCCCAUUUUGAUAAUAGAUUGACUUACAUUAUUGUAAAUAUGUGCAGUACAAGUACACACUUUUAUAGAUAUUUUUACUUAGUUACCACAUGUAAAUAAAACUCAUUCAUCGUAUAUUUGUUAAUUGUAGUAAUCAUUUUAAUUUUGUUAAGCACAUUCUGCUCAGCUGUCCUUGUUUUUGUCCCAUAAGCAUAAUGCUUCAAGUAAAUAUAGAUAAGAUAAUCUUGUAA